AUGCUUUUGAGCCGAGCACAGUACGGGCGGCUACAUCGGCAAGGCUUCGCAAGACGUUUAUCGUCCAAAGCGCCCCUGGGAAGAAGUGAUGGUUGGGCCCCAGAGCGCCUUGGCGUCCUCACCUACGAUCCCGUCCCUGCUCACAGAGAGGGUCUGAAGCAUCGACCGGGCUCCGUCGUUGCGCAGAAGCACACGUUCGACCUGGAUUACUUCAGAUCGAGUUCUUGUCGCAACCUCCUGAAAGUCGCAUGGGAAGGUGCUGUUAACUUGCACAACAAGGACGGUACUUUCGCGACAUUUGCCAAGCGAGAUAUAGGAAAAGGUGAGGUAGUGGAACGCGGUAUCCUCCGAGGGAUUGCCAUGGGUGCCUUGGACGACGCUGUGUCAAAUCCAUAUGUGUUAAAACUUGGAUCGGACUUCCUGCUCAAAACAGGCUUCCCCUGGGGAAAGUAUUCCAACUUGCCCUCACCGUCAUUCUUAGCCUCAGGUCUUCUCAUGUUCUAUGAGAAGGGACGGACCAGGUUCAACAUCGCGAUCAUGGUGAAAGAAUCGGCGCAGGAGGGUUUCGAGUUUCAAGCGGUAGCAGUUGAGGACAUUCCGGCAGGAGCGCCCCUGGUGCGCCAGGUUUGUGCUGAUUCCGAUCCCGAAGGGCUACCUCGUGAUGCAGAUGCGAAUAGCCACAUUUCCGAUGAUCAGGUGCAGCAGUACCUCCAGCAGUGGCGCCGCAUCGAUCUGGCGAGGGCAGAGGCUGCCGGAGUCGAGCCCGAUGUGUUGCACGAGGGGGCCGUUCGUGACCACGUGGAACAGACCAACGCUGGAGAGUGGCCAAUAGUUUAUAGUGGAAAGACAGUGACUCUUCCGCAUCCUGUGUGGCCUGGGUUUGGUGUCUUUGCCACUCAGGACAUCAAGGCCGGCGACUUCGUGGAGUCUGGUGUCAUGGGGAGGAUAAAAGGCCUUGACGGCGACAAGUGCCCGUACGUGUUUACCUACAACCCAGAUGGCAAGCGUUACAGCGGGGACCAGAACAUUUGGGGCACUGGAUGUGGCAACGCCAUGUUCUACAAUUCAGACUACCCUGCCAAUGUGCGCAUGUAUAGGUUCUAUGACCAUUUCCGGUAUUUGAUCGUCGCCACAGAGAACAUCAAGGAAGGUGAGGAGGUCAUGCAUUUGUCCAGCUGCCUGCGGCAUCCCCUACACACUGCCAGCGCAGCACUAAGAUGUAAUAUUGGUGCGUUUGGAUCCCGUCUCCCGUCUGUGUGGAACCAUGUGUCAAGGGAGGCUACCAGUGGCGCUUACGAUACUGUCUUAAGCGUUUACUCGAAUGUCCCGCCUUGUUCGAUGCCUACUUUUCCUGCGUUUGCUCAAGGGUUUUUCCCGCUAGUUUUGCUUCGAAUGAGGGUGGUUCUUCUGCCUUUUACGGUUG